GUGGUGCUGCACAUGAGCCACGACGCCUGGGUGGAGGAGGAGAAACAGGACAUCCCCAUGGCGCCCCUGUCAGACUCCGAGGUCAGUAGGUAUGGGCUGCAGAGGGAGGGGUGCGAUUGGUGGGCGGCUGAGGUUGAUGUGCUGCCAUAUGCGUUGGUUGUGGACUGGGUGCUCUCUGACAGCGCCCUGGCUGCCUGGGACAACAAUGGGCAGCAGAGGGGUAUGGAACUCACAGCGCAACGCACCGUGCGCAAGGCCAAGGUCAAGGCGGCUGCGAUGCGGAAGCGGCGGGCACUGCAGCGGCAGGUGCUCUACACGCGCCCCGUGCGGCCGGCAGCCGGCGAGCAGCUGACGGUGUUCUACAACCCCGAUGCCACCGUGCUGCGCGGGCGGCCAGAGGUGUGGGUGCGCGGCAGCUGGAACCGGUGGACCCACCCGGAGUGUUUCCUGCCGCAGCUCAUGCGCCCCUGCCUGCCCGGCGCCACCGGCUUCCUCCAGGGCUCAGUCCAGGUGCGGGGCCUGCGCAUGGUGAAGGACUUCUUCUUCGCAAAUGUGCAGACCAAGGUGUGGGCCGGGGAGGUCGAGGGCGUUCCCACCACUUUCCUGGAGCCCACCAGCGGCGCAUUCUGGGUCGGCUGCAUCUACGGGAGAAACGACGACGCGGCGCGCUUCGGCUUCUUCUGCGGGGCGGCCCUCGAAUACCUCAAGCACCACUCACCCGCCAUGCCGGACAUAGUGCACACGCACGACUGGGCGACGGCGCCGGUGGCGUUUGGGGACAUGGGGGGCGCCACCAAGGCGGUAUUCACAAUCCACAACCUCAACUACGGGGCUGAUCUCAUCGGCCGAGCCAUGGGCGCAGCUGCCGCCUGCACCACCGUCUCUCCCACCUAUGCAGCCGAGGUGAGCGGGCACCCGGCUAUAGCGCCCCAUAUGGACAAGUUCUAUGGCAUCCGCAAUGGCAUCGACCAAGACAUCUGGGACCCACUCACCGACAGAUUCCUGCCCCGGAACUACGGGACGGCCGACGCGGAGGCCGGCAAGGCGGCGGCGAAGGCCGAGCUGCGGUCGCGCAUGGGCCUCAGCGGCGCAGAGGCGCCCUUAGUCGCGGUGGUGACCCGGCUGACUCACCAGAAGGGCAUCCACCUGAUCAAGCACGCCGCCUGGCGCACCCUGGAGCGCGGCGCGCAGUUUGUGCUGCUGGGAUCCGCUCCCGACCCUCGCGUGCAGGCGGAGUUCAAUGCCCUGGCAGGGGAGAUGGGCCGAGCGUACCCGGACCGAGCGCGCUGCUGGUUCAGCUACGACGAGCCGCUGAGUCACCUCAUCUAUGCGGGGGCGGACAUAUUAUUAGUUCCCUCCAUUUUCGAGCCCUGCGGCCUCACCCAGAUGAUCGCCAUGCGGUAUGGCACGAUACCGGUGGUGCGCAAAACCGGCGGUCUGAACGACACGGUCUUUGACGUGGAUGAUGACGUGGCGCGCGCAUCGCAGCAGGGCAUGGUUACUAACGGCUACAACUUUGAGGGAACCGACCCGGCAGGCAUUGACUACGCGCUCAACCGGGCGCUGACUUCCUGGUUCAGCGAGAGGGAGGCCUGGGGGUCCCUGGUGCAGCGGGUGAUGGAGCAGGACUGGAGCUGGAGCGAGCCGGCACUGGACUACAUCGAGCUCUACUACAAAGCCCUCAAACGCGUGUAAUCAGGCGUGCGGCGGCAGGGGAAUUAUCGUACUACAGUCCCCGAUGGCGGCAUGCGCUGCAGAAUGCUGCAUGUGUCGGAGCAGAUUUUGCUGCAGGGGUUAAUUUAUAUCAUCUGGUUUAUAUCGUACAGUCGAAAGUAGAGUCCAGGCGGCAGCAUGCGCUGCAAAGUUGCAGGUUGCAUCUGUCGAAGCAGACUUUGCUGCAGGAAGAGAAGAGAGUGAGGCCCCAAGGCAUGCUGCGUAGCGCGCAGACAGAAGGAGGGAGAUCAUCAGUGCGCUGCUGGAUAUGCAGAAUUCAUCGUGGCAUGCUGGCCCGUAUGCAUAUGCAUGUGAGAGGCUGACAGGGAUGCUGUCUGCAGCUAUGGCAUUGAAAUAUAGGUGAUGGGAUUCCCGAACACUGGUUCUGUUGGCUAUAUUUACGGUUGACUUCGCACGGUCAGUGACACUUCGUACGGUCAGUGACACGUUGACUGCCUGACAAUCUGCGCUGAAGGAUGUUGCAGACGCAAUAUUGAUGAUUCUUCAUUGCUGAACACCCGCCUCGGGGCUUGCAUGGCGACUUGCAAUUGCCACGACCACUUUGUUGACUCCAUGUGUCGCAGCCCACGUUGGCUCUGUAACCAAGGCAUUCCC